AAGCCAGAAACCUCGAACCCAGACCCCUGCAAGUUCACAGCAGCAACUUCGUAGGCCAGCCACAGCCCGCGAAUUCGCCCGCUUUCCGUUUUCCCUCACAGCGGGCUCCCGCAUCGCGCCGGGUUCCUCGCGACAGUGUCGGUGCCCCGCGGCGGAGCGAUGAAGGCGCCGAAGCGGGGGGCGAAGGCGCCGCGCGCAGGUGGCGGACGAGGCGAGUCGGACGGGCCGCAGAUGGCGCCCACCGUGAUUUCCGACAGCCGCUUCGCCGCGCUCCACUCCGACCCGCGCUUCGCGCGCGUGCCGCUGAAGGAGACGCGGGUGGCCGUGGACCCGCGGUUCGCGGGCAUGUUCCACGAGCGGCACUUCGGCGAGCAGGGCGGCGUGGACAAGCGCGGCCGGCGGACGCACGCCGAGCGAGGGGCGGACCUCAAGCGGUACUACCGUGUGGAGGAGGAGGGGGAGGAGGAGGAGGGGGAGGAGGAGAAGGAGCAGGGAGAGGAGGGAGAGGAAGAAGAGGAGGGGGAUUCGGAGGAAGAGGAGGAGGAGACGGAUGAGGAGGAGGCGGGUGAGGAGGAGGCGGGUGAGGAGGAGGGGGAAGAGAAGGGAGAAAAAGUGCAGAAGAGGGCGAGGAAAAAAGUGGAGACGAGAUUUGGAAAGAAGUUGGAAGAGGAGGAGGGAGAAGAGGAGGAGGGAGAAGAAGAGGAGGGAGAAGAAGAGGAGGGAGAAGAGGAGGAGGGAGAAGAGGAGGAGGAAGAAGUGGAUGGGAGUGAUGAAGAAGAGGAAAGGGAGGACUCACAAGACUCCUCCUCCUCCUCCUCCUCCUCCUCCUCCUCCUCCUCCUCCUCAAGCUCUGACAGUGAGAGUGAAGAUGACGUGGAGUCAGGCCAACAGGAGGAGCGGGUGGAGGAGGUGGAGGAGGCGACGCGGCGCGUGGCGGUGGUGAACAUGGACUGGGACAACCUCAGGGCGGUGGACAUCCUGGUGGUGCUGCGCUCCUUCGUGCCGCCUGGGGGGCGCAUCACAGCGGUGACGGUGUACCCCUCCGACUUCGGGCAGCAGCAGAUGCAGGCGGAGCUCGAGCGCGGGCCGCAGGGGCUCUUCCAAGGGGGGAAGGGGGGCCGGGGCAAGGCGGGCAGGGCUGGGAAAGUGUGGGGACGACAGCAGGAUGAGGGGAAGGGGGAGGAGGGUGAGGAGGAGGGUGAGGAGGAGGGGGAGGAGGAGGGGGGAGAGAGCAGCGAGGAGGGCGAGGGCGUGGAUGCGGAGAGGCUGAGGGAGUACGAGAAGGCCAAGCUCAGGUACUACUACGCGGUGGUGGAGUGCGACAGCGCGGGCACGGCGGCGCAUCUGUAUGCGGAGUGCGACGGCAUGGAGUUUGAGAGCAGCGCUAACCAGCUCGACCUGCGUUUCAUCCCCGACACCAUGGACUUUGCCCUCAGGCACCCCAGGGACUCCUGCUCUGAGGUGCCAGCGGACUACGAGGCGCCGGUGUUCUCAACGCGUGUGCUGCAGCACAGCACCGUGAAGCUCACCUGGGACGAGGACGAACCCACCCGCAUCAGAGCGCUGCGCCGCAAGUUCGCCUCCGACCAGGUGGCAGAGCUCGACUUCCGGGACUACCUCGCGUCGUCGUCAGGGGAGGAGGGCGAGGAGGAGGAGGAGGCGGAAGGGAAGGGGGAUGAGCAGGAAGAGGAAGAGGAGGUUAGAAGGGAGAACUGUAGUAGGAAGGAGCAGAAGAAGAAAGGGCGAGCCGGAGGCACACGAGAGAAGCUGAGGAGCCUCUUGAAGGGGCUGGCUGGGGAUGGCAGGGGAAGGGCAAGGGCAAGAAGGCGAAGGCAGGGGGGGUCAGGGGUGAGGAGUCGGAUGGGGGAGCGUCAGAGUCGUCGUCGGGCGACGCAGAGAUGGAGGUGACGUUCGCCACGGGCCUCAGCGCUCUCAACGAGAAACUCGCUCGGCGCCGCAGCGAGCAGCAGCGCGCCGCCAGCGAGACGGUGUUU